AUGUCCUCUUCAGUAUCAGCAGGUUCCAAGAGACCUGCCGCUGCCAUUUCUUUCAACAAUCACUCCGGCUCAACCCCUAAGCGCCGUAAGAACUCUAACACUCCAUCCCUCACAAGAAGCGAGAAAUCCGAUUUGGCAUAUUUUCAACGUGAGGAAUCUAAAGACGCAGGAUUCAUUGCUUUUUUUAUUGCAAACAACCAUUUUCUUCGCUCUGAGACACCAGCCAGUGUAGUAGCCACUUUGGCAAAUAAGGGACAAAUCCUUCGAAAACGUAUGCUUGAGGGCUUACACAGCUUGCAGGAGCAAAAGGAAAGAAUUGAUGGUUUAAUUGCCAAAACCUUAGAAUAUGUGGCACCUCCUUUGCUUGCUAUCGAGCCGUUUGCGUUGCACGAACACUGGGUUCUGAACCGUCGAUCGACCUAUGAUAUAGUCACAGACAUGCUCGAGGGGGAUGCUGAUAUGAGCGAUGUCCCUUACCUCACGACUGAAGAGAUACUCGAGCGGGAAGCUUCAUACCAGAAUACCGAGGUGGAGAUGACAGCUAAACGUGAACAAUGGCGUCUAGAGUCUGAACAAAGACGGGAAGAACCGCCAUUGCAAUUAUUCUCCUUUGAAGAUGCAGAAUAG